CAUUCAAUUUAAUGUCAUUGAGCAUCAGAAUGCAUUUACAAGUGGUAAAAGUCUUACUAGCCGGUCGUUUACCGUACGGAGUUGGUCUACAAUUACAAAAGGCUUUAUCAGAUCAUCAUCAUAAACAUUUGAACGCAGUAGCAAAUACGCUAUUACUUUUGGAGCAUGAGCCAGUGUAUACGGUAGGGAUACGGAACAAAGGAUAUACGGAGGAAGACGAGAAGAAGCUGAGAAGCCUCGGUGCAGAAUUCUGGAGAACGAACCGCGGUGGGCUAAUCACCUUCCAUGGACCUGGUCAGCUGGUGGCUUAUCCAGUGCUUAACCUCAAGCAAUUUCAUACCAGUAUCAAGUGGUAUGUGCAUGAAGUGGAACGUAUGGUGAUCCGCGUGUGCGCCGAGCUUGGUAUUAAAGCCGAGACCUCGCCUGACACAGGAGUCUGGGUCGGUGAUCGCAAGAUUUGUGCCAUAGGCAUUCACGGCAGCCGUUAUGUUACUACCCAUGGCCUCGCGCUCAACUGCAAUACUGAUCUUAAGUGGUUCGAUCACAUUGUGCCCUGUGGCAUUGAAGGCAAGAGUGUGACCAGCAUCUCUAGGGAGCUGGAUAUGGAUGUUACGAUCGCAGACGUGCUACCGAUUUUCAGAAACGCUUUCAGUGAUCAGUUUGAGUGCGAGCUGAUUGAGUACCCUCUCAGCGAGGCUUCGCAGCUGCUACGAGAUGCACGCCGUAGCGUUUUAAAAAUAUGA